AUGCUGGUCGACGCUUGCAGGAAUUUCAGCGAGUAUCCAUGCACAUUGUUGAAAGCAGCCGUUUCCCAAGCAGACCUCGACGACUAUUGCGGCAACUCGCUCCGGAAUGAAGCCGCCCUCUUCGACAGCUCCAAGCAGCGUAUUGUGCUGUGGGAAGCCUGGGCAGGCGCACAGCAUUCCAUUGAGACUAAGGUCGGAAACGUCAAGCAAUUGACCGAGCACAUUGUCGGAAAGCGGCGGAUCCAAACUGUCGUCAUGUGUAAGUUCAAAAGCACAUCCCAAACCGCCCUUCCUGGAAUUGGACAAUUCGACAGCUCCGUUCAACUGCUCUCCCGAGAUCUUCAAAACCCUCCUCACCUACCAUCAUACGUGAACGUUAACCAGACUAGAGACGGCAGAAGAAAACUGACGGACGAGCCGCUUGAGGCCGGUCUUGCUCAUUUCCGCUCCGACGACAAACUGAGCCUUCAAGAACGAUGGCCAGCUGUUGGACGCCUCGGCCGUUCUGGCGAGGAGAUUCGCCAUUCCUUCCUGCUACGAUCGGUAAAACGCGCCAGGGGUGCAACUGACCCAUGGCCCAUCCGCCAGGUUGCCGUCUACCAUUCCUUCGAUGUCGACGAGGGGCUCUCACUCGCUUGGCGUACAAGGCGACACCUGCUGCCUUGUUCAACCACUCCCGAUGUCGCCCGAGACCCACAACCAACAUCCACUUCCUCGAAAAAGGUGCCGGAGGAGAUCCUCGCCUUGAACAUGCUCGAUUACAAAGAGCUGCGGAAGCUCAGCAUACUGUCAGAACGGUUCGAGAAGGCGGCACUGGUUAUCCAUAUGAACGUUGGUGCGCUUGGAGACGCUCAUGACUACUACCAACGCCUCUCUCGCUGCCCCCACCUGAAACCCGACAUCCAGGCUCACAUGGAGAAGUCAAUAUCGGACUUUUUGCUCAAAGUCGAGCAAAUUAUUCGCAGCCUCGAGACCCGGCACACCCAGCUCGUAUCCUUGCGCAGCCAGUUGGAGAAUGGGAAAAGAUUUUGGCCUCCUGCAGCUGCUGAGCUGCGAAUAAGCCGCAUCAUUGCCGACGUCAGCCUCGGCGGCAUGGCCCGUAGGACGGAGCGAGAGAUUGUGUUGAUGCACACACCAGCCUAUCGGCGACCUCUUCCGUCCCGCUACAUUUCUUGGAGUGGCGAUCUGCAGGACGAUGACGGUCUUGGCAUCUUGCCUCUGCCUGGUAAUGAACAUCCUAGCCAGGGUGAAGGCAAAGGAGACAAUCACCGAGGACCAGGCGGUGACAGCAGCUAUGGCCCGGCCUCGGGAGGUUGCAGUCGAAGAGAAAGCGAAUAG